UACAUAUGCUCGUCAGUCAUCACUCUCCUCUCUGUCUAUAAAUGUCAUGCUUUCCAAAUUGAAGAUGUACCCAUAUGAACCACUGACUUUUGCUGAGAAGUAGUAAGAAUUGUAAGAGAAAGCAAGCAGAGCAUGGCUACUAAACCAGGCGUUUUGACCGACUGGCCAUGGACAUUCCUUGGGAACUACAAGUAUAUUGUAAUGGCUCCAUGGGUGGUUCACAGCGUAUACUCGUACAUUGCCAAGGACGAGCGUGAAAGAGACUUGACAAACUUUCUCAUAUUACCUAUUCUCCUUUGGAGAAUGCUUCACAACCAGAUAUGGAUUUCUUUUUCUCGCUACCGAACAGCCAAAGGGAACAAUCGAAUUGUUGACAAAACUAUCGAAUUCGAGCAGGUUGAUAGGGAAAGAAACUGGGAUGAUCAGAUUUUGUUUAAUGGAACACUGUUUUAUCUGGGAAACCUGACACUGAAAGGAGGUUCAAAUCUUCCUUUUUGGAGGACAGAGGGCGUAAUUAUCGCGAUCUUGCUCCAUGCUGGUCCUGUCGAGUUCAUCUAUUACUGGCUCCACAGGGCUCUACACCACCACUACCUCUACUCCCGCUAUCAUUCUCAUCAUCAUUCCUCUAUUGUUACUGAGCCUAUUACAUCUGUGGUUCAUCCAUUUGCAGAACAUAUCUCCUAUUUUACGCUGUUUGCAAUACCAUUAUUGACGACUACAUUGACUGAGACAGCCUCAAUUGCUUCGUUCGUUGGUUACAUUACUUAUAUAGAUUUUAUGAAUAAUUUGGGACAUUGCAAUUUCGAGCUUAUUCCCAGGAGGCUCUUCUCAAUCUUCCCUCCUCUCAAGUACCUCAUGUAUACUCCAUCGUUUCAUUCGCUGCAUCACACCCAAUUCCGAUCCAAUUACUCCCUAUUCAUGCCAUUCUAUGAUUACAUUUAUGGCACCAUGGACCAGUCUACAGACACAUUAUACGAAAAUUCACUUAGAAGGGCAGAGGAGUCCCCAAAUGUGGUUCAUUUGACACAUCUAACGACACCCGAGUCCAUCUACCAUCUUCGCCUUGGAUUUGCCUCUCUGGCAUCUAAACCCCUGUCCACUUCACAUAAUUGGUACAUGCGGUUGAUGUGGCCUGUGACACUGUGGUCCAUGAUGGUUACAUGGUUCUGCGGGCGGUCAUUUGUUGUUGAGAGGAAUGUUUUUAAGACGCUUAAGUUACAGACAUGGGCUAUUCCAAGAUACAGCAUACAAUAUUCUUUACUUAGACAAAGAGCAAAGAUCAAUAGCCUAAUUGAGGAAGCUAUACUUGAGGCAGAGGAGAAAGGAACCAGAGUGUUAACUCUUGGCCUACUUAAUCAGGGAGAGGAGGUGAAUAGAAAUGGAGAGCUCUUCAUAAGAAGGCAUCCUCAGCUAAAAGUGAAGUUGGUGGAUGGGAGUAGCCUGGCAGUUGCUGUAGUGCUCAAUAACAUUCCGAAGGGAACAACUAAAGUUUCCCUUAGAGGCAAUUUAUCCAAGGUCUGCUGUUCAGUUGCUAUUGUCUUGUGUCAAAGGGGCAUUCAGGUAUCCGUUUCUGAUGAAGAUGACUAUAUAAUGCUUAAAGAAAAAUGCAGCACUGAAGUUCAGAAUAAUUUAACCCUUUCAAGAGAUUUUUCCCAAAAGAUAUGGCUGGUUGGAGAAGGAGUGGGAAAAGCUGAACAGAUGAAGGCAUCAAAAGGAACAUUAUUUAUUCCCGUCUCUCAGUUUCCUCUCCAGAAAUUGCGUAAAGAUUGCUUUUACCAUUACACUCCUGCAAUGUCUACCCCGAAGCAUCUGGAGAACCUAGACUCAUGUGAGAAUUGGUUACCGAGGAGGGUAAUGAGUGCAUGGCGCAUAGCUGGGAUAGUUCAUGCAUUAGAAGGCUGGGAUGUUCAUGAAUGUGGACACAUGAUGUUCAGCAUUGAGAAAAUUUGGCAAGCUACUCUUCAACAUGGAUUUCGUCCAAUUGCAAUGCCGACUGAUGCAAGCAAGAAGCUGUAAGCGCAACAGCAGAAAUCUGGUUGAUCCGUUUCUGAUAAUUUACAUUUGAAAGUAACACAUGCAGGAAGCUCUUUAUCGCUAGUUGGCUGUAAUGGAUACCAGUAUCCUUAUUUUUAGCAUCAAUAUAAUUUUGUAUUCAAACUUAAUUAAAUUCGGACAAGUUAUAUGUGUUUGGUGUGGUUAUUCCCAACCUUUGUUGUUGUGUAUUUACUAUCAGAAAUGUAACGAGCCAUUCUAUUGAUUAGCUCUAAAGAGCAUAUAUAUGGCUCUUAAUAAGUUUGUAUA